UUUUUCCCUCCUUUCAAAUUUCUUUGUUCUCCCAACGUCUAAAAAAUUUUCCUUCUUUCUCUCUCUUCAUCUCUCUCUCUCUCUCUCUCUCUCUCAAAGUCUCAGACAAUGAUCUUCAUAGAACCCUAGCUUUUUUGCCGUCCGUACACGUCUACGUUUUACACUGCCACUGAGUGAGCCACAAGCAAGCGACCAAAACCUCCUGUCCCUCACUCCGAUGCAAGACAUCUUCGGAUCGGUCCGGCGGUCCUUAGUGUUCCGAACUCAAGGUGUGGAUGAUAAUGGCGGAUUCGGUGGUCUGGUCGAGAAAAUCGGCACCAGCAUUCGCAAAUCGCGAAUCGGAUUGUUCUCCAAACAGUCUCUUCGGGCUCUCCCUCCGGCUCCGAAGAAGGACGAUACGCCGCCGAUCCGGUGGCGGAAGGGCGAGUUGAUUGGUUCCGGUGCGUUUGGUAGGGUUUACAUGGGGAUGAACCUGGACUCCGGUGAGCUUCUUGCUAUCAAACAGGUUCUGAUCGCGGCAAAUAGUGCUUCCAAGGAGAAAACACAGGCUCAGAUUUGGGAGUUGGAGGAAGAAGUAAAGCUUCUGAAGAAUCUUUCACAUCCAAAUAUAGUUAGGUACUUGGGAACUGCUAGAGAGGAUGAGUCGUUGAACAUUCUGUUGGAAUUUGUUCCGGGUGGAUCGAUAUCAUCUCUACUGGGGAAAUUUGGAUCCUUUCCUGAGUCUGUCAUAAGAAUGUACACGAAACAGCUAUUAUUGGGUCUUGAGUACCUUCACAAGAAUGGAAUUAUGCAUAGGGACAUCAAGGGUGCAAACAUCCUUGUUGAUAAUAAGGGAUGCAUUAAACUUGCAGACUUUGGUGCCUCAAAGAAAGUUGUUGAGCUGGCUACUAUAAAUGGUGCCAAGUCAAUGAAGGGUACUCCAUAUUGGAUGUCUCCUGAAGUUAUUCUUCAAACUGGGCAUAGCUUCUCUGCUGAUAUAUGGAGUGUUGGAUGUACUGUGAUCGAGAUGGCUACUGGAAAGCCCCCAUGGAGCCAGCAGUAUCAGGAGGUUGCAGCUAUCUUCCAUAUUGGAACAACAAAAUCUCAUCCACCAAUCCCUGAGCAUCUUUCUGCUGAGGCUAAAGAUUUUCUGUUGAAAUGCUUACAAGAGGAACCAAACUUAAGGCCCUCUGCAUCAGACUUGUUGCAGCAUCCAUUUGUAACUUUGGAGUAUCAGGAACCUCAUAGAGUAUUCCGCACUUCAUUUAUGGAAUCUGGAAACCAGAUGGCAACACCUGGGGGAAAUCUUAGGAACUCCAGCUUCAACCCUGCAAUUAGAAGGUCAACCUGCGCAGGCUUGAAAGAUAUUUUUGAUAUGGGUAGUGUGAGGUGCUCAACUGUAUAUCCUGAGAAUUUGUCAGAAGUGAGCUCUCACUGGGGACCAAUGAAUUGUGACGAUGAGAUGUGUCAGAUUGAUGAUCAAGAUGAUCUUAUGGUUAGUUCAUUAGUCAAGUUCAAAUCUGCCUCAGUCUCUAAUGAUUUAACAAAGAGUUUUAAUCCUAUGUCUGAACCAACUGAUGAUUGGCCAUGUAAGUUUGACGAGAGUCUAGAGUUGGCUAGAAGUGGAACAGACUUAUCUCCUGGUCACACAAUUCAAAAGGCUGCCGGCAGUCCUGGGGCAUCUGAUAAGGAGGAGACUGGUUUUGAAUUUGCCCACGGGCCAUUGGCUGCUGAGGAUGACGAUGAAGUUACAGAGUCAAAAAUUAGAGCUUUUCUUGAUGAAAAGGCAUUAGAUCUGAAGAAGCUGCAAACCCCUCUAUAUGAGGAGUUCUAUAACACAUUGAAUGCAACUGAUCCUCAAAGAGUGAAUGGAAUUAUGAAUGCUGUAAAUGCUUCAAAUAAUUGGAAUUUGCCUCCCAAGAGCAGGUCUCCCAAUCAGGCACCUCGUAGAAGACUGUCUGCAAUGGUUGAUGCUGCAAAAACUGCAAGCCAUGGGACUGUGAGCCAUUCCAAAAUUGUAUCAAAUGCUAGCAUUGUGCAUAGUCGAGCUUUACAGGAAAUCCAGCCCCCUCAAGCUAGUGAAUGGAAAGGGCUUCCUCUUGAUGCUCAGGAAGGAUCAUUUAGUCCAAGUGCAAGCUUCUCUGAGAGGCAAAGGAGGUGGAAAGAAGAACUUGUUCAAGAGCUUGAAAGGAAGCGAGAGAUGAUGCGACAUGCAGGAGGAAAGACAUCAUCCCCAAAGGAUCCGGUUCUAAUUCGACAGAGAGAGCGGCUACGAGUUGCAUUCCCUGGAAAAUGAGUUAGUUUGUUUGUCCUUAUUUUUGUAUCUACAUUGUCAUACAGAAAUAAAUUAUGCUUUCCAUUCCUGGGAAGUGAUAGUGUAUGUAUAUGAACUGUUAUUGGUGAGGAUAGUCAGUCAGUGACCCAUUUAGAAGGGUCACCUUGCUAUGUCUGCGUGAGUAGCAUGCUGUGCAACCUCCUAUUCCCACUGUAUUAAGUUUUUGGCAGAAAAAUUGUCACUUGUAAGAAACCUAAUAUUUUUGUAUUCUUUUAUAAAUCACUCUUCUUCUGUUUUUUA